AUGGCAGGAGCCGCAGUAGCUUCACGCUGCAUCUUCUGCCAAAUCACCAGAAAAACAACCUCUACCACUCUCCUCCACACGGAUGACAAAGUGGUUGAUUUUCAAGACAUCAAACCCGUUGCUUUAAGGCAUUACUUGGUUAUUCCUGUGGAUCACUUCCCAACUGUUAAUGAUCUUCAAAGGAGACCAGAAGACUACACUUUGGUAAGUCACAUGUUUAAAGUGGGGAAAACACUGAUACAAAGAGCAUCUUAUUGUUCUUUUGGCAGAUUUGGCUUUCAUCAACCACCAUUUAACUCUGUCAACCAUCUUCACCUCCAUUGUUUUGCACUACCUUAUACACCCAGAUGGAAACAUAUAAAAUAUCUGUCCGUGGGAUCAUUUGGAUUUAUUGAAGCUGAAAAGUUUUUGGAAAAGGUUAAGCCUUUGCCUUACAAAUGUGAUUUGUAUUAUAAUUCGGGGUGA